AUGUUGUUCGACAGCAGCUGCGGCGCACGUGAUAACAGCCCAGUGCUGGCGCCGUUGGUGUACAACCUCACCAUCUUCUACGCGGAGGCGGAUCUGCGGGGGAACGAGGCCCCCCUGGUGGCCACCUCCGUGGUCAUGUUCGCCCUCGCCGUGCUCUUCAUCAUCCUCAACCUCUUCAGCCGCUACUCCGACGUGAGCGCCAUGCUCAACCCGAGCGUCCGCCUCUUCUUCUCCGCCGCGCUGUCCCUCUUCCUCCCGGCCAUGUCCUACCUCUUCAAGAGCGCCGCCAGCAAGCAGCUGGCGGAGGACCUGUCGGUGCGGGCGCGGAUCAUCCUCAUGUGGAUGCUCCUCGUGGAGCUCCUCCGCAAGAAGGUGGAUGCGAUCCUGCUCACCGCCGGCGGCGGCACGCAGGGAUACUCGGUCAUCGUGCAACGCGCCACCGGGGUCUUCUGGCUGGGCAGCCUCGUCUUCUUCAACCUGAAGAGCGCUGGCAAGAAGGCCCUGUAUGGCAUGAUCUGGGUCUUCGUGGCUGCCAAGUUCGUCCAGAGGUCAGUGGCCAUCGAGGUCGGGAAGCGCUCCUUCGCCUACGGCAAGAACCCCCAGCUCGUGGCCGCCUACAUGCCGCCAAUGCUGGAGCUCCAACAGCAACAGGAGCCAGGGCGGCAUCAACGACGACGUGGGUUGGACCUUCUCAAGCACUGCAACUACGCCGUCAUGGGCGAAGAGGAGUUGGUCGACAAGAACAAGGCCGGCCCCAAGGGCUACAAGCUCGACAAGCACAAACUCGAGCUGGCGGCCGCCGGCGACGACUCGUCCGACGUCGUCACGGUCGGCAGGAUCUGGAGGCUCGCCGACUCCGGCGACCAGCUGCUCUCGAGCGAGCCGAGGCUGAAGAGGCUCUGCCUCUCCUUCGCUCUCUUCAAGAUGCUCCGCCGGAGGCUGGAGGGGUACCCCAUCAGCGGCGCCGAGGCCGCCGACUGCCACCGCCUCAUCUUCCAUGGCCUGCUGGAGGAGCCUGCACCUGCAGCCGCAGGCAUGAACGGCGUCGGCGCCGGCGAGCACGCAUUCCAGGUGUUCAACGACGAGGUCCAAUUCCUGUGCGAGAACUACCACUCCGUGGUCCCCGUGGUGUUAGCUAGCCCCUUCUUCUUCGCGCACAACUACGUGCUGUUCCCCGUCCUGGUCCUGGCGCUGUGCUUCCUCGUGCUCGUCCUCUGCGGCAACGGCGACGUGGCCUACGCCGUUCGCAGCCUCCACGACGACAACUUCUUCACGUCCGGCAAAGUGGCGGCGACGGCGCGGUGCGUUCUGGGCAAGGUGCUCAAGUCCACCACGUUCCUCUUCUGCGCCAUCGACCUCUCCACCACCGUCCUGCUCGCCCUUGCCGUCGCCUACGAGGAGGGCGCCGAGUACGUGGUGUUCCUCUUCUCCAACUGGUUCAUGGUGUCGCUGCUGUGCCACCACACCUCCGGCCACGAGUGGCGCGGCGAGGCCGGCGUCCUCCGCCGGGUCAUCCCCGGCGUCCUCCAGGUGAAGAACACCCUGACCCACCCCACCCUCACCAUCAAGCAGUUCUCCGUGCUCUGGUUCCUCGGUCGCCUGCAGCUGCCGCUGCCGCUGCCGAGCACGGACGUCCCCGGCGAGGCCAAGACGCUCAUCAUGGAGCGCCUCGCCGGAGUCGUCGGCAGCCACGGCGCCCCGCUCACCAACGGCACCGAGCAGCGCGUCCGCACGUGCGUAGGGUCGGACGAACUCGCGCGGGCGUGCUGCAGCGGCGGCGUCGCUGAGGUGAUGCUGACGUGGCACGUCGCCACGGCGAUGCUGGAGGCGAGGUGCGCGCGGCGGCAGCAGCACGCGGCGCCAGAGCCUGGGCGCACGGCCGCGAUGGCUCUGUCGGGGUACUGCGCCUACCUGGUGGCCUUCCACGCGGAGCUCCUCCCCGACGACAAGGACGGGACGGAGGUCCUGUUCAAUGAGAUGAAGAAGGAGCUGACCAAGGACAUGGGGUGGUGCGGGUACUACGGCGGCGGGGAGGCCGCGCGGUGCGCCAAGCUGAUGGAGAUCGCCGGGCGCUCCACCUCUGAGGCGGCGGCGACGAUGACGGUGCUAAAGAAGGGGGCGAGGCUGGGGAAGGUGCUGAUCGAAAAGUACAAGGAGGGCGCGCGGGAGGCCGUGUGGGGGCUGCUGGGCGACCUGUGGACGGAGGUGGUGGUGUACGCGGCGCCCACGGCCGGCGAGCUGCACGUCAAGUCGCACAAGGAGGCGCUGGCGCAGGGCGCUGAGCUCAUCACCGUGCUUUGGGCGAUCACCACCCACACCGGCAUUGCCCGGCCGGAGGAGGAUCCAUCUGCUCCCGGUACUGUUUGA